AAAAACAUCUUAAUUAGUUUAACUGCUUAUUUAGUAAAAAUUACUAAAAUUAUUUCACUUAAACUAAAAUCAUGGGUAAUAUCAAAUCACAUUUAAAACAUAAACGACCAUCAAUAAAAAAAAUACCUGAAUUUGACCAAAUAGAAUCAGACAAAGAAAGAAAUGAGAAACUAAUUGACUAUUAUUUAUCGACUAGUAUCGAUUCCAUUGAUAGAUUACAUAUAUAUCAUUUUCUUAGAGCAUAUAUAUUUCAAAGUAGAUUUUCUUCCCCAGUUGAAGAUAAAUUAAUUGAAGGAGGGUGUAAGGUUUUAGAUGUCGGAUGUGGAGCUGCGACGUGGUUAUUAGAUUUAUCAAACAAAUAUGAAAAUUCUUAUUUUUAUGGAGUUGAUAUUAAACCAAUAUAUCCACAAGAGAUAAAACCAAAUAAUCUUGAAUUCAUCGAAGCCGAUGUAACUAAUCGAUUAUCAUUUCAUGAUAACGAAUUUGAUUUUACACAUUUAGAAAAUAUGAGCUUUGUAUUUACACCAGAUCAAUGGGAUUUCAUUCUUUCUGAGCUCGUGAGAGUAACGAAACCAGGUGGAUACAUUGAAAUAUCUGAUAGACGUAACGGUUAUAUUGGCGAAGGUCCAAUUUUUCGUAAAUUGACGGAUGCAAUUUGGUCAACAUAUUCAAAACGAAAUAUUGAUGUUAAAUUGGUGUAUAAACUAGAUUCAAAAUUUGAAUUACAACCAAAUAUAGGAAAAGUUCAUCGAAUUGAAAAAGAUCUUAUUAUAGGUCCAAAUGGUGAUAAAAUUGGUUUAGUUUUUCAAGAUUUGACUUUUUCUUAUCAUAAAUCAGAAUUGUCAAUCAAGGUUUUAAGUGAGGAAAUGGGAAUUUCUGAAGAAGAAUACAAAAAUAUGGUAGAAAAUCUAGUUGAAGAAUUUAAACAAACUAGUACUGAGAGUGUUCAUGUCAGAUUUUGGACCCAAAAACAAUUAUCGGAAUAAUAAGUCAUGAAUAAAUUUUUAUGUAUUAAUAUGUAUUUUAGAAUAUUUAAUGCAAAUGAAUAUUUACAUUUCAUACUUUAAUGGAUAAUUACAAUAGGAAAUUGUGAUCUAAUUUAUCUAUACUAUAGUUUUUAAGUUUUUAUAUACCUUUAUAGU